AUGUCGUUAUAUGGGUAUGGCAAGGCAUCAGUUUCUGGUGGAGUUGGUGACGGUGGCGGAGCAAUAGAGGGAGCAUGGGGCGUCUCAGGGCUAUCUGCAGCCGGCUGCAGUGAGCUAGCAAUCGGACGAUCAGCGGGCGUCACUGGUGUAUCCGCGGUGGGCGCGGGUGGCGUUACGAUGGAGGGUGUGGAUGGCGUCACUGGUGUAAUCGUGACGGCCGGGGGUGUCGUAGCAAUGGAGCGCGUGGCGGGUGUUGUUGGUGUACCACUGAUGGGGGGCGUCGGAAUAAUUGGCAUGAGCGGCAAAGUUGGCAUGGCAACGGGCGUGGUUUUGGCUGAUGAUGCAGUUGAUACUGGGGUGGGUCGGCUGUGUCCAAUAUCAAAAAACUGA